AUGCCAGAGUCGGGCGAGGUCGGCGAGCCUACAGGCAAGACAAACCCACAUGAGUGGGGUGAAUUCCUGCACCUGCCUGGGGAAAAGAUCCAUGAUUUCCAGCGCAUCCGUGAUGAAAUUGUUCGUGACACGGAACUGAAGACAGGCAAGAAUGCAGGCAUCAGCGCCCAGCCGAUCAAUCUGCGUAUCUACAGUCCACAUGUACUCACAUUGACACUCGUGGAUCUGCCUGGUCUAACAAAGAAUCCAGUAGGCGACCAGCCAAAGGACAUUGAGCGCCAAAUUCGCGACAUGCUGCUGAAAUACAUCUCGAAGCCCAAUGCCAUUAUCCUCGCUGUCACUGCCGCCAAUACAGACCUGGCAAACUCGGACGGCCUCAAGCUUGCGUCAGAGGUCGACCCGGAUGGCAGUCGCACCGUCGGUGUGCUGACGAAGGUCGACCUGAUGGACGCUGGCACAGAUGUGGUCGAUAUUCUUGCUGGGCGAGUGAUCCCGCUGCGGCUCGGAUAUGUGCCUGUUGUGAACCGUGGUCAGCGGGACAUUGACUCGAGGAAAUCGGUGGCUGCCGCUUUGGAGGCCGAGCACGAGUUCUUUGCGAACCACCCCAGCUACAGCUCGAAGGCUCAGUUCUGUGGCACACCAUUCCUGGCUCGCAAGCUAAGCACCAUUCUCAUGCACCAUAUCCGGAACACGUUGCCUGAUAUCAAGACGCGCAUCCAAGCGCAGCUGAAAAAGUUCGAGGUCGAGCUGGCGUCGCUGGGCGGCGCUAUGGGCGAUGCAAGCUCUGGCAAUGCUGUCUUGUCGAUCAUCACCGACUUUAGCAAUGACUUCCGCCAAGUCAUUGAUGGAAACAGCAAUGACCUGAGUGUAAGUGAGCUGGCAGGCGGUGCUCGUAUUAGUUUCGUGUUCCACGAGCUGUUCAGCAAUGGUGUUAAGAGCAUUGAUCCCUUCGAUGCUGUGAAGGACUCAGAUAUCCGCACAAUCCUGUACAACUCGUCAGGCUCGUCGCCUGCGCUGUUCGUCACGACAUCUGCGUUUGAGGUCAUUGUGAAGCAGCAGAUUCGCCGUCUCGAGGAGCCGAGUCUCAAGUGCUGCUCGCUCGUGUACGAUGAGCUUGUUCGCAUCCUUUCGCAACUGCUAGCGAAGAAUGCUUCAUUCCGCCGCUUCCCCGCCCUGCGCGAGCGCUUCAACUCGGUCGUAAUCCACUUCUUUAAACGGUGCAUGGGCCCGACAACAAAGCUUGUGAUGGAUCUUGUUGCGGCUGAGGCAUGCUACUUGAACACUGGACACCCUGACUUCCUAUCCGGCCACAAGGCUGUCGCCAUUGUUUCAGAGCGUCAUCUGGCUGCGCAAACACCUUCGGCGAUGACAGGUACGGACAUUCGCGGCGGUAAAGCCGUGCCGUCGUCCGUGGUGAACAACAACAAGGACCUUGAUGUUGACAUCAAGGAGUCGUCGUCCUCAAGCUUCUUCGGCAGCUUCUUCCCGAACAAAAACAAGGCCAAGAAGAGCAUGAUGGAACCACCGCCUGCGAGUCUCAAGGCAACGGGCACAUUGACGGAUCGCGAGGCCAUCGAAACGGACGUGAUCAAGUUGCUGAUUUCGUCCUACUACAACAUUACGAAGCGCACCAUCAUUGACAUGGUACCAAAGGCCAUCAUGCUGAAUCUCGUGAACUACGCGAAAGAUUCCAUGCAGCGCGAACUGCUUCAGUCGUUGUACCAACCUGAAAUCCUGAAUGACCUCAUGAAAGAAUCCGACCAUGUGGUUGCUCGUCGGCGCGAAUGUGUCAAGAUGAUAGGCGCUUUGGAAAAGGCCGCCGAAAUCUGCGCCACCGUGUAA